CUUUUAGAAGAGCAGUCAUCUGAACCACACAAAAAUGUCGCCAAGAAAAAAAUCCAUGCCACGUAAAGCACAUUCUGAACCACACAAAGAUCAUAAUAAUGAAUCAUCCAAACCACACAAAGUUCACUCCAAAUAUUUGUCCAAACCACAUAGAGAGCAUUCUAAACAGCCAUCCAAACUACUCGGAGAUGUUCAACAAUCAUCCAGACCACUUGGGGGCACUUCCCGAGUAGUCACAACACCUAGGAAGAAUGCUAAGGAAUGUCAAAGGGAAGGCAGUAAGCAUCAGAAGAAUAGUGGAAAUGACAUGAUGAAACAGCCAUCACUGUCAUCAUCUGAUUGCAAGUCCAUAGAGCAUAUUGAUCUGGAACAGUGGGCCCAUAGGCAAAUACCCACAGUGAUGAACACCACAAUCCUGAAAUCAGUCAAGGAUAAGGGGAAAGAGGAAGCAAAAGUUGAUGUCUGUCUGAAUAAGCAACAUAAGAAGCAUUCAAGAUCACCCACUUGCUCAGUCCAGAGACUAACACCAAAUCUUUGCUGUGGAACCAGCAGCAUCAGUUGUGUGAGAUGCUCUUCUGAGUCCAUGCUACCUAUAGAUAUACCAGUGGAUGGUGGAAGAACAGAAAAAUUUUUAGUGAAUGUAUUGAAUCAUAAAAAGGGAUCAGGCCUUUCUCCAGUUCUGCAAUUCAACUCCGAAUCAACAUUCCAUUACAAUAGAGAAACAGCCAAACAAAAAGUCCAUGACAGAUUAGGGACAAGCAAAAAAUUACACUACCAAAAUGACUCACACACUCUCCCCAAGAGUAGUUUGGGGCCUUUAGAUGGUGAUCCUGAAGACAACAACACGGCAGCGUGUAAUCAAACUAAUUCCUGCAAUACACCAACAGAGCCAAUGAACAGCACUCAAAACCGUAAAAGAGGGUGCUUGUUUUUGGAGUCAAGUAAUAUACCUGCACAAAAGGUACCAAGAAGGUACGGUGAUUAUACUUCAGGCCAGUCUGUAGAGGGCCGGCCAUCAAGAAACCAUGUUCCAGAUUAUAAGCCAAAGCCUGUUGCUUCUUUUCAGUUGAACUACAAGGGGCAUCAAGAUCUUCUAGACAACAAAACAUCAGCAACUUUCCUAAAUAAGUUUGCUGGCAUGAGAAAAAGUCUAUUCAGCCAAGCCUGCUACAAAGGCUUUCGCUUCAAGAUGUACACUUUCCAUCGCUCCACAGUUAACAAAUUAUCAAACAGAUGGCAUGACAUGAAAGAAGAGACAGUACAGAGGAAAACCCAGGAGACAGCUGUUAGUGGUGGAGCUGAGGCAAUAAUUGCUCAUUCAUUUCAUCAUGUAAAAAAUAAACAUCGCUCCGCCAAAAGUGAGGAAACAAAGAAAGAAACAGGAAAAGGGGACACCUGUUUAUCACAGAAUAUGCCUGCCACAUCCAAAUCUCUGCCAGGUGUCAUGUCAGCACCUAUUAAUAAUGUGAUUGAAAGCCAAGCAGUGAGUCAGAAGAAACCUGGUUCUCUUUCCCAUUUGUCCAGUAUAGCUGAAAAAGCAGUGUUAGUUAGAGAAACUAACACUUCUGCAGUUUCAGAUGUAGUAGAGUUCCAAUCUGAGGGUUUAAUAGAGGUAGAGCCCUUUGGAUGCAAAACACAUCUUUCAGAGAAACGGAGUACACCAGAAUGCUGGACAUCCUUACAUGUAUCGCAGUUAGGACCCUCUCCACUAACAUCUUUGGCAAACAAAAUAGAACCCUCAGUUGCUCCAGCAAUGUUUGAAAGAGGUCAGGCCUGCAAGAUACCUCAGUCAUUAGGAUCACUGUCAGAAGAAGCAUGUGAGAUGCUUCCACCAGCUUUAAGCACAUGCGGCAGACCAGAGACUUGCUUCUCUGCUCUUGAUGUCGAAAAGACCAAUUGAUAACAGAUUUUAAGGGAAGCAAGGAAUCAAAAGGUGCUGCUGUUAGAAUGUGGAAGCUGCAUCGCUGGCCCAUCAUUUUCGUGCCACAAUAUACUGAGAUUGUGGCCCAUUCUGACCUGAAUUCCCAGCUGAAGUCAGAAUACUUUCCUCAUCUUGAUCCUCGUCGAGGCUUCCAUCAUCCAAAAUUUGUGCCAGCCAGACAUGCAGAAUCUAAAAAUAAAAAAUGUGGAACAGUCAGAAAGAGGUCUACCUAUGUACCCCAAACUAUUCCUCUCAUCUCAGACAGUAGGAAAAAACUCAGAGAUCCCAGACAUCAGCUCAUCAAGGAAGGGGCCCCGACUCCAGAAAUAGAUAAGAAAAAACAGUUGCGAAGACUGAAACCUGAUUCAGCAGGGAAAGAGUUUACCUGUGAUGCUUGGAGGUUGUUUAACAGGAAGAGUAGUGAAGACUUCACUUCAGAUGUAAAGGAACACACGGCAUCACAUAAUGAAUUUGCAUGGGCCAGGUUGUGGCCAAGAUGUGGGAUGGCUGAUAAGGUGAUAGCAGACCAAGAAACAGUAAAUGAGUCUCAUGUUCCCUCAGCAACUGCAGCCAUAAGAAUAAGAGCUGGUGCUGCUGACUUCUACAACACAGCCAAGGAAAAGAGGCAAAAAUAUGAUGAAAAGGUUAACAACAAGCAGUCUUGUAACAUGUCUAACUUGGCCGCCAUUUCUGUGAAACGAGCAAGACAUGGGAGCAAGGCAGAAGAUGAGUGUGUAGAAAAGAAGCUAAAGAGGGACUUGAACAGGGAGCUGCUUUAUGACAUUUUGUUUUUGGAUACUAUGCAAAAUGUGCAAGAUUCCAGACAAUCUCAAGUUAGGGCAUCAUCUGCUGUAAGUGAUGGUUCCAGAAAAUGCAUGUCUGACAAAACACCCAUUCUGAACAUCAAAUCAGAUAAUCAGUUUUAUUUGUCCCAGGCUUUUACAAAAAUUACUUAUGCAGUAAAACAUACCUGAAAUUCAGAAAAUAAGUUUUGGGUAGGAUCCAGUAAGAUGCAAAUAAUAGAUUGUCAGUUUUCUUUCAGAUGCAUCGUGAUUACCCAUUUCUGCAAAGUCCAGUAAUCUGAAACCAAGCGAACAUCUUGAAAACUUUAAUGCAGACACCUUCAUCAUUCUAGAUUAUAAAUUGAAUACAUGAAUGGCACAGUGCUGCUAGAUCACAUGGUAGGACACUCAAGAAGAAAUAUCCUUUUUCUUUUGCAAUGAGAUGGGCUGAAUCCUGUGUAAUUCCUGCUGCAUUAGGUUGUCAUCACCAUAAUACCAUAAACAUGAGGAAAUCCAGAUCUUGACAAGAGAUGAGCCUUAUUGCACAUGAUCAAGCUGGGGAGGGGGGUAAGAAUCCAAGCAGAUGGGUUAUGUGCAAGGGUGAAUGGGCAGGGGGCAUGCCAGACAUAUUUGCAAUGACCAUACUAAACUAUGCAUUCUAAGCAACAGUGGCAGGCUGUAAUAAAAAAGGCAAGAAUUGUUAAUCUGGCUUCCACAUUAUUCGAAGGCACAGUAACUUUGGUGAUUCUGGAGCAUGCGCUUUGAGGUCUGCUGCAGAAGAGGUCCUGACCGCAUUGCUGUGUUAACAUCAGUGUGUGCUUUUCAUGCUUUCUUGUGGAAAGCACAUUUUUCCAGGUGACUAGCAGUGAUGACAGCAAGACACAGAAUUUCUUUGUGUCUGCUGUUUAUUUAUUGUCAUAUUUAAAAAGAAACCACUUCUGAUCACAUUAGAAACUUGCCAUCUCACCAUCCUUGACUGCUAAAGAAAGCAAUCAUGUUGCGAUCCAUUAUUUGUUGAGCUAACAAUGUGUACGGCAUGAAGGUUUUGUAGAUAUUGUAAACAAGAUCUGCAUGUGAUUUUCUGGUGAAUGUUUUGAGAUUCAUCAUGAUUUGUGUGCCUAUUGAACAAAUGAGUAUGCAGCAGUUUUCUUUUAUCAUUUGUCCCUUUUGUUGUGAAGUGCUACUUGAGAGAACAGCCAGUUUGUCAUAAAAAUAAGUAACACAUGGGAUCUAUAGCCUUGUAUUCAUUGUUUGAUGUCCUCAAAAACGAGUGACAGCUAUUUGUGAUUCUGACUUUGAUCAUGAGUACAAAAUUUCAUAAGCUGUUCUGAACACAGCUUGCUUUGUGCCUGGUUUCUUGAAUGAAUAAUGGAUGGUGCUUAUCAGCAGGGAUGUGCUUUCUGUAGAGAUUCCCAAUUAUAAACUUCAUUUUUCUUUUCUUAGAGUUUUUGUUUUCCAUCGUCAGUUGCCUGUUUCAAAAGAAAUCAAGUUGACUGGAAUAUAACCAGAACCUAGGUUCAGGCAUUGCCUAUCUCCUCUGCCAAGUUGAUUUGUGUUGCAGAGCUUACAAUUCAAGUUAAACCACAGCCUUUGCUUCCUGUCCCUGUUUUUUAAUAGACCAUGAUUCUGACUUUAGUAACAUACAGAAGGACAGAGAUCAUAUUCUUGAUCAGAUAUAUCUUAUAUAUCAGAGAUAUCUUAUCGUGCCUAUUUGAACAUUCAGUUCAUUCCCAUGUCUGACCAUUAAGCGCUAAGGGAAACAUCAUUUGACCAACCUAAACCAAGCCACUGUCCAUCAGCUUAGCUGUACAUUAGCUGCAAGCUGCCAAAACUUGAAUAACAGGUGUGAUAGCACUGCAUACUACAUGUACUAAUGCUGUGAAAGAUCAACAAACUGUUCUGAAAACAUAUCAAACCUUUGAAGAAGCUGUAGCUAUUUAUCAAACAUUAGAGCAGGAUAUUUAUAAAGAGGAUCAUAAUUGUUUAGAUUGUACAUUUUUAAAAUAUAGCUCGAAAGAUAUUACAAAGGUGUUUGUGUAAAAAGCUGAACAAGAUCAUCAGUGUAAGAUGAUCCCAUUUAUAAAUAUCCUGUUCACUAGUGUAAUAUUUUAAGGAGCAUGCUUGCAAUUGCAGGAAUAGCACAAAGUAACCUAUGUGUGUCUCAAUUAUUGAUAAAUCUGUUUAAAACUUAGGAUAUUAUUACAGCAGCUUUUGUUCCUAUAAUUUAAUGUGGAUCCCUGCAAAAGAUGACCAUAUGCAUUGAAUAAGAGGAUAAUGACUAAAGAGGAAAAAACUGUUUUUUUCUUACCUUGAAAUGUGCAACUUCAUAACUGUUGACCAAACCAUCGAUAUUGCAUGAAAAACCUUACAUUUUUAAACUACUAGGUUCUAAGUUUCUUUGUGGGUAAAUUAGUGUUCUUUUUCUAUUUUUCUUGGGCUCCAAAGUUUGUGUUAUCAAAAGCCUGAUAUUGAAACAAUGGGCCACGUUUGUAUACAUUGUAUAUAGUUCUUCAGAUAUGCCAAUUCUGAACUGUAGCAGUCUUUCUAAAUCAAAAGUCUUACCAGAUCAUCCUAUUAGUCUUCUCAUAUUUUAAAUUAAUUGAAAAGAAGUGGACUGUAUGUUAAUAACAUUUGAAGUUUGUUAUGUGGACUGUAUGUUUGAAAUUUGUGAUGUGGCAUUUGCACUAAUUCUGGUGGGGGUUUUUUUCCUUUAAAAAAAAAAAUCUUUAAUUAUCUCUUAUGGAGGUGAUGACAUUGCUGGCUGUGUAGCCUUUAAGCUGAUCUGGACAAGGGUUGGGGAGACAACAGCAGCUGGAUGACUGAAGCCUGUGUCUUUCUGACUGAGGCUGACUUCGCCUGGUGAGGACAAUAUCUUUUUUUGACCUGGCAAGUUUCUUGGCAGUCUUGUUAAAAACAAAAACAUGUGAUGUGUAUAUGCUUGUAUUGUACUGAUUUUGGGAGGCUUUAACAUCUGUUGAAAUUUUAUUUUCUGUGAGAAAGUGAUGGUAAAACAAAAGACCUAUUGGAGCUGUGAUCACAGUGCACUGGUAAGUGCACUUAGACUGUACAGAACAAAUCAUAGUGGCAUGUGGGAAAUGUAAGAAGAAAUGCUCAUGAACAGUUGUACCUUGGUUUAAACUUUCAGAUGAUGUGUGACUGCUUUUAGGACCACAUUUGUAGAGACAUUCAAGUAAUCUGUGGUCAGUGUUCUGCAUGCCUCCUAGGCAUUAGCCUGAGUGGUAAUUUUCUACAGCAAAGGUCAGAUAAUUUAGAGUUUCCCAUCAUCAGUCUGGUUAAGAAAACAGCGCUACGUUACAUUAAACAUUGAAGCUUGUAGGUGGUAGUUUAUUUCUAAUAUACAAGUAAAAUGUUAAAAUGUUUUUAUGCAUUCACCUCUACUAGCUUUUGAGAAGUUAAUUUGUUAUAGUAUUUUCUUCGUGCGUAUCUUGAUAGUAAUGCCUAUGCUGCCAGGUUCAACUUUAUAGCAACUUUAAGCAUGUGCACCUUUUUUUUAUUAAAAAAAAAACAAAAGUGAUGGAAAAAUCUUAGUGGUGCCCUUUUGGUGGUCAUAAAUUUACACACUAUGAACAAGUUAGUUUCCUAAUAUCUAACACUGAAAAUCUUUAGAUUUAGAAAUACUUUAUAUCACUUUGACAAGCAUAAAACUAGCAUUUAAAAUACUUACACACCUGUCAGUAGUAAAGUAGAAGAAUAUGAAUGGAUAUUUAUUGCUUCAUAAAUACUGUUAUAUAUACAAAUGGCAUUUUUGGUGUGAAUGUAGGAAAAGAACGUUGUGCAUCGGGUUUUGCUCUGGAGAGCAUUUUAAAGCUCUUGUCAUAAGGAGACAGAUGUGAUCAAUUGCUACUGGGCUUGAAUGAUGGAUGGUAAUUGUAAAUUGAUAGUAAUUGUAAACUAAAUGGGGUGAUACCUCAUUUGAGAAGUAAGAGAAUCUGCCUUGUACUGUGUAUUUUCAGAUUAUGAACUAUAAAUGUGCAUUUCAAACACUGGUUUGGAAACAAAGUCCAUGCCAGGGGCACACUUACACCUUGCUGUUAUUGUUUACAUAAACAUUCAGAUAGUCUAUAGACAUAGGUUAUUUUGGUUCAUGUCUUUUCAGUGAUGCAUAGUUCUAAAAUUCUUUAGUUUUCAUGUAAACUGAGACUGUUGAAAAUGCAUUGGAGGUGGAGAAGGGGUUACAUUUGGAAUGAAUAUGAUGACCACAUUAUGGUUAUAGCCACUAAGCACCACUAAUUUAAUGCACUUUUCAUCAGCUGUGUGGUCCUUGUUAAGCUCCUCAGCUGCUUCAGAUAAGAUGAAUUUUAAAGACAGCUGAAGGAAAUGUAGAUUGCGGACAGGGUUUUACUGUGCUAACCAUGACAGAUGUAGGCACCGCAUGAUAAUAUUUAUUUUAUGAUAGUGCAAGAAAGUGUUUCAUGACAUAUCUCCACCUUAGUCUUAAUGUCUUUAAGAACAAUUUUCCACUCAAAUCUGUGAUGCCUGUCUUAAGUUUGUGAUAACCAGUCUAUUGGUUGGGCUUGAGGGAUGGGUGUUGUCAAGGGUGUUUCUCCAUCCUGGAUUGCUUUUGGUUGCAUUUGUUGCACUAUGAUUAAUCAUGGAAUAAAAUGAAUGGGAAAGAAGAGUAGAAAAGAUUUUGCUUUUCAUGUGUGCAUGCAGCUGAAUGAUCUUUUGCUAAGGUUUAAUAUUGCUUUAUUUUUUUUUAAUGAUUUAUUUGAUCAUUCAGACUAUGCCAUUGAUUUUGCAAUAUAAAGAGAAAACAACCACUACUGUCUUUAACAUAGGUUUAUUUGUUCGGUUCGUGAAUACAGAAUCAAGGUUGUAGUAAUUCCACCAGAAUAACAUGUAACAAUCAUCAAUAUUAACAGUAACCAUCUUAAUUGUCAUUUUAUUAAUUUUUGCCAUAUUUUACUGACAGUUUCCUCAAACUAAAUUUCAGAUGCACAUUAAAGGGAAAGGUAAUCUGGGGGAUUGAUUAUUGCAGUGUCUCAUCAAAUGCACUGUACUUUGGUCAGUGUUUGUUUUCAAUAUAGUAAUGACGGGAGAGUCCCAUCUUCUGGUUUUAGAUUUAAUUAUUUGUUUGGUGGGUGAGGAGUAUUUGGUUGGUUAGUUUUUAUUUGCGAGGUUGAAUUGUUUCAUUGAAUAAUAGUCAUCAAGAGUUUUAUGUGGUUCUCUACCAGCAAGGUUAGUAUUCAUUUUUGUAUGAGCAGCUCCAGCUAAGAAAGAUCUUUUUGUCAUGUCUAUGAAGCCCCAUCAUGAAUGUCUUGUAAGCAGAUGUCAUAGAUUUGAACUUUUUCAAAAAUACACCUACAAUGUUGAGGGAGUUAUGACAGUCCUAAAGAACUCAAGCUUCAUGAUGACAGAUAAGCUGCCCUGUAGUGUUUUUUUUUCAUUUCAUAUUUGUGUAAAAUCCAGUAUCAUUCUCUUACUUUUCUGUAUGACACUUGUUUAUAUUUUGCACUGGUUUAUGGUGCAUUAUAGUUUAUUUAAACAUGACAGCAGUGUGAAUGUGUUUCAGAAGGUUUGAGAAGAGGUUUGCUGAACAAUUUUUCAUGUGUUCAUUGAUAUGCAUUAACUUUGAUGUUUACCAAUUUUUGUGUUAUGGCAAAUUUUUCAUUAUUUAUCAAUUGUAUCUGUAUGGCUCCUUUACUAAAACUCUCUUUGGUGUUGCAUCAAAGAGGGUUGUAUAUUUUGAGGGUGUUUACAGGUCUACUCAAAAUUUUAGCAAACUUACUUGUUUUUUGAAAGUUCAUUCUCCCAAACAAGUCUUACCUUCCCAGUUGGAAAGGGACAAAAUAAUUUUGUAGUUUUCUGACAAGUGUCAGCCAAGUUCAUUCCAUUUUGCGUUUUUCUUUUUAAUCACGAUUUUUGCAGUGUAUGUAACUAGCUGUAAAUAGUGUGUUUUUCCAAGUUAUCCGAACAAAAGCGGAAAAAUAAAAGCCAUAAGCCUUAAGAAGUUCGCUCCUAAAAGUUAUUGUAAUAAUUAAAAUGGUUGCUAUGAUUACUAGCUUCAAAUUUAUUUCAGAACUGUUUUCUCACUCGUUGUAUUAAGAUAAACGAAGGGUUCUUUUUUGUUUGGUUGUGUUUUGUUUUGUUUGGUGGUUUUUUUUUUUUUUUUGUGUUUACAUCAGGGGCUUUAUUUUGAAAAUUAUUCGUCGUUUUACCGAAAAAUGAAAAGUUAUGAGUAAUGAGGGACUUUGUGAUUUGUAUACCUGAUCCAUUUCUUUUGUCCUAAACUCGUUUACGCUUCGUGUUGCCUAGGAUUACACAGGCAUGCGAUGCGAUUCAUAUGCAGUAGGAUUGUCGCAGGACAGGUGGUAGUUCACUGCUAGUUCAUUUUCUUGUUGCCAGGCACGAUCGCGUAAAUUAGUCGUGAGACUGAACACACAUAGUCAAAGGUGGAACUGUGUGACACAUUUCAUGACAAUCGCUUUUAAAGUUUGUCAAAUAUAUUCGACAUUUUUGGGACCGGUCAAACUUUCACCGAUUUUCAAGCUUCAUAGGCCGCGAAGGGAUGUGUAACAUAGACAGGUAGUGCUCUUUAUUUCUUCAACAAACCGAUAAUUUUCUUUGUAAAAAAAAAAGUUUUCAGUUUCAGGAAAGAUAUGUUUAUCUCCAGGUUGACAGGGAUCUGCUCUCACGUCUUCAGUAUUGUAUGACAUGAAUCUCCGAUGCGGAUUUCAGUGUACAAGUGGGGUUUGGUUUUGUUUUGUUUGUUUCUUGGUGAUGAAAGACCAAAUCUUGCACAUAGGUAUUGAGAAAUCUAAGCUUUUGGGGGAUGCGGGGGUAUAAUUUUUUUUUUUUUGCAUAUCCGGUUAUCUCGCAGGAGGUACUUUGGUAAAGACAUUACUGCAAACAUCCAUUAGAUAAUCCGAAUAUCUUUCUUUGGUUGGUACACCCCUCGCUCCCGGUCGUGUAUUUCCAUUGAAUACGAGUGAUAUGAAAAUGGAAGGCUGCACUAUACUUUUUUGCGCUUUGGCGUGUUGUUUUGUGUUGAACCACAUUUCUUGGGAGUCGAUAUUUUUAAUAAAUUCCUGACACCCUUAAA